AUGGCUCCCCCAACCAAGGACUCCUCUUCGACCGCAAAAGAAGCCCUCCCCGAGAAGAAGAAGAUUCCCUUCAGCAAAGGGAGCACCGCUAAUCGAAUAUCUAAUAGCUCCAUCAAACAUGCCCCCUGCUGCCCCAGAGGCACCAAGUUCAGCUGGUCGGCCAACAUGCACCUUUCCCUGGCCAAUACCCCCCGCCCACAAGUCGGUGUCGAGAGCCCCGAGCUCAUGCACAUGAACCUCACCGACACCAAAGGCAACACCUACAGGAUCGUCUACCCCGGCCGCGGCAAGAUGGACUUCUCCUCCCGGCAGUGGGUCAGCGCGCUCGACAAGUGGCGUCGCCAGUUCAUCAACCGCCGUCUCAACAAGAACAACGACGGCGAGAGCCAGGCCAACGACUUCCGCCCGCACUGGACCGAGCCCGAGCAGGAGUACCUGCUGCACGUCAUCAAGGAGUGGAUCAAGAAGAACGAGUGCUCCAUCAGCAUGCGGCACUGGGAGGAGAUCGCCGGCAUCUACAACGCUCGCUUUGAGGGGACCGAGGCGCAGGCCGGGUGGAGAUGCCCACCAGCCUUCAACGGCAAGGGCUUGUCGGCGGGUGGGAAGUUGAAGCUGGCGCACACGCUCCCGGCCCGCAAGGCGACGGCUGUGCGGUCCCAGGUGUAUCGAUGGCCGAGAGUCAGAGAAGCGAUGGAUGCCGAGCUGAGGAAGAUCGAGCAGGAGGAUAACGGCGAUGACGAUGACCGGGAAGACGUCGAUCUAGAGGCUCCGGACUCGGAUGAUGAGGAUGCGCUGGAUUCAGAGGACGCUUACGAGCCAGUGGACGACGCUCCUCAUCAGCCGCAGUCAUCUCGCCUCGAGGCGUAG